CCUGCAGAUGCAGGGUGGGGGAGAACAACCCGACGUUGUGAAACAGCGUUCGCAGGAUAUAGUUACGUUGCGCAGCCUUGGAGAUGUUUAGACGUGAAUGCCCCCACAGUUGAUUUCUGUGUGCGCAUCCAGUCAGAGUCCCGUUAGAAGCCCAACAGCGACGUGAAUACAACGCCUAGAAUGCUUCAUCUUGGAACCAGACUCGCACUCUUUAGUUUAGGCUCUGGGGAGCCAGAAAAUACCAAAGGCCAGAGUCUGAAGCCUUCACAAACCCCUCAGGACUUUCCGAAGUAUGUCCGAAAACUCACUGGGUUGAAAAGCGAACAUGUUUUCUGCAACCUGCGCGUCCCGAACCAGCUUCAAACCGCCAACGAUGACAUCAACAUAGUCCUCCUCACAGGCCGAGGGGUCUUCUGCCUGGACCUGAAGCCCUGGAGGGGCGCAGUGUCGGCCCACCAGCGGGGCUGGCAUGUGCAGCUCCGUCAGGAGGGCGGAGACCUCCCCAACACCUGCGUGGAGCAGGUGGACGACCCCGUCCAGGCCAUCACGACCAAGACGGUGAACCUGUGCCACCAUCUGAAGAGGAGCGGCGUGUGCGUGCGGCAGAGCCUCUUCAUCCCCAGGGUGGUCUUCCUCUCUCCCGACUGUGAUCUGGACCAGGAGCUGAGGAAAAGGAAGGAGCUGGUGUCCUAUGACCAGCUGGACCCCUUCCUCGCCUCCUUCAGAGAGAGCUAUGUGGGGUGGUUGUCGGACGCCCUCACCCCCUCCUGGAUCUCCGGGCGCCAGUCGUACCGGCAGCUGGAGGCGGUGCGGGGGUUGCUCGGCCGGGCGGGGACCUGGGACCUGCUGCAGCUCCGCGGCGGGGAGCAGAUCCGAGGGGACUACCAGGGCUGCCCGUACGUGGCCCUCGACCGGCGGGAGACCGGCACGCUGGAGUUCUCCGGCGCCAAGACCCUGUCUCCUGAUUCGCUGUGGGCUCUGCUGGGUCACGCCCCUCGGGUAACGGUGAGGAUGUACAAGCGCGGCGCCCGUGGCUGGCUGGGCAAGACCCAGAGCGCCAGCGCCACCAUCCCCUCCGACACCCUGGUGCUGUUCAGACGCAGCGGGGAGGAAACCGAGGCCAAGAUCCCAGCCGGCACCAUCCACAGCAUCAUCCUCAGCAUCUGACCGCCACCCCCC